UUUUCCCUUGUGCUGAAAAAGAAUGGUUUACUCAAUAGUUGGCACUUGGCAUACAUACCAACACGUUGUCAUCCUGAUUUACUGUAACUCUGCGUGCCUUUGAAGGGUAAGAAGGCUGUAAAUGUUGUAAUGAAGUGAAAUGAAGCAAACAACGGCGCAAAACCCUUUCUCAUAGUCGUAUAAUGGGAUGACUUUUUUUUUUAUCACAGUUUCCUUCAUCUGCAACCCCAGGCACACCAGUUUUGGUAGUAGCUUUGCAGAUUGCUUGUUUGUUUUUUUGUUAUUCUUUUGGAGCUUAAUUCCCGGGCCAGAAAUUGGCUGUUGAAUCAUGUUUGGCUGUCAGAACAGACGAAAGUGUAAUGCCAUAUGCCUGAACAUACACCCAGAAUCCUUUGAGAGGUAAAAGCCCCCUAUAUGCCAACAGCUGGAGAGGAGAUGUGGAGACACCUGCGCACCAAAUGAACAGCGAACGUCGCUGCUCGCGGGAACAUCUGGCUGUGUGUCGACGAACCGCUCCAACACAUACUCCUCCAUCAGGCUGGAAUUCCCGUGCUUAUAAGGAGAAGUUACCGCACAGAAAUAGUGAAUUCCACGCCACACAGGACAACAGGGGCAUAACUCAGCGAGCGAAAAGAAGUCCCGGCAAGCAGUCAGAAACAGAAUCUACUGGAAGGGAAAGGAGGAAAGAGAAGAAAAAAGGAAGAAAAAGGUCUGUGCCAGGCCCUCCUGGCCCCCCGGGUCCCCCGGGCCCACAGGGGCCACCGGGCAUCCCUGGAAUCCCCGGUAUUCCAGGAAGCAACGCUGUAGGGCCUUCAGGACCCCCAGGACCCCCCGGGCCGCAGGGACCUCCGGGCACUCAAGGUCCAGCAGGGGUUCCCGAUAAGACGAAAACAAAAGAAUACCAGCCUGCAGUGGUUCAUUUGCAAGGGCAGGAGACAACCAUCCAAGUGAGAGAGGAUCUGUCUGAAGGCAUCCUGAGGAACUGGAAGAUGGUGUCCAUCCAUCACCGCGUGUUUAAAAUGCACUCUCGCUCUGGAGAGCUGGAGGUGCUGCUGGACGGUGUCUACUUCAUAUAUAGUCAGGUAGAAGUGUACUACCUCAACUUCACUGACAUCGCCAGCUAUGAGGUGAUGGUGGACUCCAACCCGUUCCUUCGCUGCACCUGCAGCAUCGAGACAGGACAGCGCAAGUUCAACACCUGCUACACAGCCGGGGUGAGCCUGCUUCGAGCUGGCCAGAGGAUUUCCAUACGCAUAGUGUACGAGGACACGCUCAUCAGCAUGACCAAUCACACCACCUUCCUGGGAAGUGUCAGACUUGGAGAGGCUCCAUCUGCUGGACAGAACUGAAAGCUACACAGCCACCAGCCCUCUACGUGAAAUGCCCAAAGUCUUGCCCCCAUUUAGAGGAAACUUAAAUCCUCCGGGUUUCAAAGUUGAGGACCCCCUCUGCAACUUUUGUUCACUCCCAGUUCUCUAUUAUAAAAAAGGACAAUAUAGACGUUUAGGCUUCCCCCCCACGAGCAAAGAGAUCAGUGUUGAUGAGCC